AUGGGUAAAUCCGCAGGGCGCUGCAGCACGCACCAGCCAGCCCGGAACCUCCCAUCGCGCCUGAAGGCUCACGGUCACGUGGUCCCCAAAACGCAUAUAAAUCAGCAGAUUCUACGAGCAUCACUGAUCUGCCCUCAGUGCAAGCAACUGAACACCGGACGCGGGAGCCCAAGGAACGUAAUUAUGGACAACAGAAGCUCAGUGCUCCACCUCGCCACAUUUGAAGCCCCGUACCCUGUGCAGGUGCUCAUAUUCAGCCUGUGCCUUGCGAUGUACCUAACUAUAACUGCAGCCAAUCUGCUGGUGCUGGUGACGGUGGCAGUGUCCACAGACUUACACAAGCCCAUGCACAUAUUUCUGUGCAAUCUUGUGAUUGGCGACAUCGUUGGCAGCACAAGUGGCUUGCCCAAGCAGCUGCAGGUCCUCCUGACGGGCAACAAAGAGAUCCUGUACGUGUCAUGUGUCGCACAGAUGUUCACACUUCAUAUAUUCGCCUUGAAUGAGAUUUUUACAUUGGCUAUGAUGUCUGUUGAUCGCUACUUGGCCAUCUGCUACCCAUUGCACUACCACACCAAGGUUACAUCAAAGAGUUCAAUUUUCCUGUCAUCACUGUCCUGGCUGAUUGCAAUGGUUGCAGUCAGCGUUCAAGUGAUCCUCAUCCUUCAAGUUCAAUUGAAGGGAAACUACAGACAAAUCCAGGGCAUAUUUUGUGAUAAUAUGGGAAUUUCGAAGUUAGCCAUCGAUGACACAAGCAAUAUAGAAUCUUAUGGAAUAUCAAUGAUUGUGAUGUACAUUGUCUCUCCUUUCUGUGUGACUGCGUACACCUACAUUCGUAUUCUUGUCGAGUGGAAGAACUCGAGUUCCUCCGAGUUCAGGAGCAAAGCUCUGCACACAUUCGGCACGCAUUUCAUGGCGCUCGCCGCAUUUUUCACGUCCGUUUUUUCGGAUAUCCUUUUGCCGCGCUUUGUGAAGGAUGUGGACAGCGAGGGCGCAAGAAACUUGAGAUCAGCCGUUCAGUUGGUGUUCUUGCUCAGCCCGGUUGCGAACGUACUCAUUUACUGCCUCCGUACGACUGAGCUGAGAAUCGCAAUUAGUAAGCACUUCAAGAAGAUCUUGCGUAAGGUGCAUUCAUGUCCAGAAAUGAAAGUUCACGUCUUAGGUCGCGGUUGA